AUGAUUGUCAUAAGCUGGAAUGCUCGUGGAUUAGGGAGUAAACGAGCAUUCCGAUCCCUCUCCCUAUUAACUAGGAAGUAUAAGCCCGCACUUUUGUUUAUUAUGGAGUCUAAACUCCCUGCUGGUGCUUUAACUAGGUUUAAGUUAAAUCUUAAUUUUCCUAAUGGCUUAGAAGUCCCUCGAGUCGGCCUCAGUGGAGGUCUUUUGUUGCUUUGGUCUCAUGAUAUUGAUGUAACCCUUUUGUCAUAUAAUAUAAGUCAUUUUUAUUGCUAUCUCAAGCCUAAUAACUUUUCUGCUUUUUACUUCACUGGUUUCUAUGGGGCACCACAUCAUUCCCAAAAAAUGCACUCUUGGAAUGUUCUUAACAGAAUUGGAUCCAAUGUCCAUAAUUCUCCCUGGCUAAUCUUGGGCGACUUUAAUGACUACUUAAACUCAACUGAUAAAAUUGGGGGAGACGCGGCUCGUGUGCCUUCAACACACUUUCGAAAUUUUCUCGAUUCCUUUGCCCUCCAUGAUCUAAAAUUUACGGGCAAUCCGUUCACCUGGACAAAUAAACAAAGCCAGCACUCUCACACUCAAGAGCAUAUCGACUGGGGAAUUUCCAAUUCUGAAUGGGAUGUUCUAUUUCCAAACUAUCAUCUUACCCAUGAAGAAUACUUUGGAUCUGAUCAUCGUCCUCUGGUUUUGAAUCUCCACCACAUUCCUGGCCCUCAACAUCACCAAAAUCGCUUCUUUUUCGACAAACUGUGGAUGGCUGAACCUGGGUUCGAAGACGGCCUAAAACAGGCCUGGUUUUCAAAUUCACAAAGCAAUAAUACUGAUGAGAUUGUCAAUUUAUCUAAGAAACUUCAACGUUGUUCGAAGCACCUUCAAACUUGGAAAAAAUCUCUGGGUCCCCCCAUAGCUUCCAAAAUUAGAGCUCUACAGUCCAACCUUAAGAAGGUGCAAAGUUACUCUUUUCCCACAGAGCAUCAGCUUCAACUUGGGCGGCGACUUGAGCUUGAGCUUGAUCAUCUUUUGUACAAAGAGGAAGAUUACUGGAAGCAAAGAUCUCGAGUGAAUUGGCUUAAACUAGGGGACAAAAAUACGAAAUACUUCCAUCACUUUGCUUCCUCAAGGCGAGCUCAAAACAAAAUCACCUCUUUGUUAAAUCCCGAUGGAUCAACAGCCACUGAUAAUCAAGCUCUUGUGAGCACGAUUGAGCAGUAUUUUGAUCAACUUUUUACCAGUCAGAAUCCUAACGAGGAAACCAUAAAUCGUGUUCUCUCUGGCAUCAAAAAUCACCUGACUGAACCUGAGAUUAACUCCCUCAGUUGCCCAUACACUGACUCCGAGAUCAAAAAAGCUACCUUUCAAUUAGCCAGUGACAAGGCCCCUGGCUCUGAUGGGUUUAAUGGUUCUUUUUUCCAAAAAAAUUGGGGCAUUGUUGGAAAGGAUGUGACUCUGGCUGCAAAAAGCUUUCUGAAUGGGGAUGCGAACAUAGCGACCAUUAACCACACUGUUAUCGUUCUUAUCCCCAAACAUUCCCAUCCUCAACAAGUAACCGAUUAUCGUCCCAUCAGUCUUUGCUCGACCUUUUAUAAAAUCAUUUCUAGAGUCCUUGUCAACCGGCUUAAGCCCAUCCUGAGUCGUAUUAUAUCUCCCGCCCAAAGCGCUUUUCUUCCUGAUCGCCUAAUAUCAGAUAACAUUAUAAUUGGUCAGGAAGUCUACCAUGCUUUAUCUCAUCGAAAAUCUGGGCGACAUGGCUGGAUGGCCAUUAAACUGGAUAUGGCAAAGGCCUUUGAUUGCGUUGAAUGGAGAUUCAUUAGACAAGUCAUGACCAGAUUCAAUUUCCCUGAUCGUUUUAUCAAUCUGGUGAUGGCUUGCAUUUCGACAGUAUCUUUCUCCUUUUCUAUCAAUCAGCAGAUCCUUGGCAAAGUUAUCCCAUCUAGGGGUAUACGCCAAGGUGACCCCCUUUCCCCCUACCUCUUUCUCCUCUGCUCCGAAGGUCUUUCUUCUCUAAUAUCUCAGAAGACACUACCCAACAACUCCCGUACCCAGGGGCUUGGUUUAAAAAUAGCUCGCACUGCCCCAAUCAUAUCCCACCUUUUCUUCGCGGAUGACAGCCUGCUUUUCAGUCCUGCCUCGUCAAACUCCGCAAACACCAUAAAGAAUGUCCUGCAGGAUUACAGUUCUGCUUCAGGUCAGAUGGUAAAUUACAAUAAAUCAUCUCUCUUCUUUUCGCCUAAUACGGAGGAGAACAUCAAAAACCAUAUCACCUCUAUCUUGGGUAUUCCGGUUCGGAAUUCCUUCGAGAAGUACCUGGGGCUUCCCCAAACCUUUGGGAGAACUAAAAAAGAAAUCUUCAAUUACCUUACAGAUCGUGCUUGGUCACAUUUGAAUAAAUGGAACUCAAAGCACUUCUCGAAAGGUGGGAAAGAAAUACUUUUGAAAGCUGUGGUGCAGGCAAUCCCUUCUUACGCCAUGUCCUGUUUUAAACUACCUGUUUCCUUCCACUCAAAGCUUGAAUCCAUGAUGGCUAGUUUUUGGUGGGGAGGAUCAGAAAGUAACAGGAAGAUUCAUUGGAAGAAUUGGUCCUUUCUCAGUCGCUCUAAGUUCCACGGCGGACUUGGAUUCCGUUCAAUGAAGGCUUUUAAUCAAGCGAUGUUGGCUAAGCAAGCUUGGCGCAUUCUUCAGGCACCUCAUUCCCUUGUAGCCACCCUGCUUAAAGCUCGUUAUUUCCCGCAAAACACUUUUCUUGAGGCUAGCAAAGGUCGUAGACCUUCUUUUGUUUGGAUCCCUGGUUAUGGAAAGAUUUCUUAUCUCAAACACCUCUCAGAUGGUUGCUCUACUGUGUCUGAUCUUAUGACCUCUUCCCACCAAUGGGAUACCAACCGUAUCAGAACCAUUUUCCCCAUUGACAUUAGCCAAGCCAUUGAGUCUAUUCCUAUACUACCCUCCCAGUAUUCAGAUACCUGCUACUGGUCUUACACACCACAUGGUAAUUAUUCUGUCAACUCUGGCUACCACAAAGCUCAUGCCUUGUUGCAUAAAGAUGAGCCCUCAACUUCUGAUGGUUUGAUCAACCAAAACUGGUGGAAACAGUUGUGGACUCAGAACCUUCCUUCAAAAGUCAAACACUUCAUUUGGCGAGCCUUUUACGAUGUCCUUCCCACUAGCUGCAACAUGCACAAAAGGAAGAUAAUUUCUUCACCACAUUGCUGUCGCUGUUAUUACCACACUGAGUCCCUAGAGCAUGCCAUUUUCAGAUGCCCAACUGUCCAGAAGGUAUGGAAAUUAACUCAUUUCUCAUCUUUUAUUUUAAAAUAUAUGGAACUAACUUGCAGGGAAAUAAUGUAUAUGGCUGCUUCAACUUUCACGGAUCGGGACUACCAACUUUUCUUGUGUUUGCUUUGGAAGCUUUGGCAUGGAAGAAAUGAAUAUCUCCAUCAUCAGAAACACACGGCCCCUGGUCUCUUGGUACAGUCAACUUAUGAUUAUUUGGAUCUAUUUCAUCAACAUAACAGGUGUACCCUCCCAACAGGGGCUCAUUCCUUUUGCUCAGCUGGUGCUACUACUAAAGAUCACCCCUCAUUUGGUUUAAUGUUAGCUGUUGAUGCUGCCCAAAACACAGAAUCAAAUAAGACAGGCUUCGGUAUGGCGUUAUUCAAUAACAGCAGCGACAUGGUCCUCUCGGUAGCAACUCCAUGGACAGGUAUUCAAUCGCCUUUGUUAAUGGAGGCUCAUGCACUCUGUCAUGCUCUCUCGUGGUGCUAUCAUCGAAACAUACAGCCGGAUCUCAUAGUUUCGGAUUGCAAAAUGCUGGUGGACUACAUUAGUAAUGAUGCAUCUCACAAUAUUCUUUUAAACAGAUUUGCUAAGGAUAUCAAAAACUUCCUCUCUUGUAUUCCUAAUGUUAAAUUUGUUCACAUAUCUAGGGAGCACAAUGAAGAUGCUCAUAACCUUGCUAAGUUUGCAUUAGGACUAGUUCAGGAAGUUUUUUGGAAAGAUCAAAACUUUGUUUGUAACCUUCUUAGAAUUUUGAGUAUUCAAUCUCUUGUUCGUGCGGGAGUUCGUUGGAGUGUUGGGAAUGGUUCUUCUAUUAACGUGUUGAAUGAACCAUGGCUGUCUGACCAUCACCAACUGCUAGAUGAUGAUAUCCUAAAAGAUUUGUUUGAGGAGCGUGAUCAGAGAUUGAUAAAGCAAAUUCCCUUAUGCACAAACCAAGUUUCAGAUGCUCUUUGCUGGUUUAAUGAGUCUAAUGGCAUGUAUUCGGUCAUAAGUGCUUAUACUUUACAACAAAAACUGAAAGGACUUGGUACUGAGAUAGUUGCCUCCGAGUUUUGGAAGGCGUUAUGGUCAUUGAAGCUGCCACCAAAGAUAAAGAACCUGAUGUGGAGAGCCGGUUCUAAUUGCCUUCCAGCCCUCACUCAGCUUGCUUCUAAGCGUGUUCCUGUCAACACUCGAUGUCCUUUGUGUGAGGAGAUGGACGAGACAAUCACACACAUUUUACUAACUUGUAGAGUGGUUAAAAAGGUGUGGGAGAGAGUAGGCAUCGGCACUACCGUGACUACAGCAGGGAGUGUUUUCCUGGAGUGGUGCGUGACUGUGUUCACGCCUUUGACAGCAGAAAAACAAGGCCUGGCUGCUGCUCUUUGUUGGGCAGUCUGGGGAGCGAGAAAUGAUGAUGUAUGGCAAGGGAAAUCGUUUCAUAUUUCAGAUAUAGUCGCCUCUGCUAAAAGCUAUCUUGAUCAAUGGAAAUACGCUCAAAAAACUCAAACUGAGUCAUUAUGGUCUGAUCUUCAAGACCAUGAUGGGAUGGAGCGUUGGUUCAAACCACAGGUUAAUAGCUGUACUAAGUUACAUAAUGGUAAUAUUGCUCCGUCUAUUGCUGAAGCACUGAUCUUUCGGGAAGCUUUAAGCUGGAUCAAAGACCAAACAUACAGUUCAGUUUGGGUUGAGACGGAUUGCUUAUUGGUCGUACAAGCUUUGAGGAACUCGGCUAUUCUGACUUCUCAUUUUGGUUGUGUGAUUCAGGAGUGCAAAGCCAUGUUGGCUAGUUUAAAUAAUGUCUAUUUUUGUUUUGUUAAGCGGUCAGCUAAUAGAGUCGCUCAUGAGUUUGCUAGAGCGUCUUUAUUUUAUCCUGAUCGUACUUUCAGUAUGGAAAAUAUUCCAACUGAGUUGUUGCCUACUUUGGUGACUGAUUUCGAAGGUUAA